AUGGAAAAAUUAAUUAUUUGAUUAAGAUCCAUUAUAGCAAAUUUAUACUUGUUAUGCGAAAAAGAAAAAUUGUUGAGUCUAUAUUUAUUUAGCAUAAGAAAGUGGGCUACUUUGAAAAGGGGGAAAAAUGCAGUAUACUCAAAGACAUGAUUAUUUCCAUGAAAAUACAACAAAUUCAAUAUAUGAUGUUCUAAGUGAAGUGAGAAUUGAAUUUAA